AUGAAGGAAAGACGCUUGCUAAAAUCGGACUUUUUGGGGCCCAGCGCCCUAAACCAUUGGUGGGGUGGAGCCGGUGAUGGUAAGGGAGAGAAGGUACUUAAGGCAAUGCUACUGGUCCAAUAUGGGGAAAAGGAGAGUGGGCAGGCCAAGAUAAUGAACCACCUAAAAAAGAAUUUGGGUAAAAACCCAAGCUGUUUGCCGUCUAUGCCCCAAAAUUUACAGAAAACAGUAAGAACUCAGACACAAUAUUACCCAAUGGUCGCACAUUCCUUCAUGCAAGUGAUCUGCAGACGAUAUCUUGGAAGACCUCCAAUACAUCCAAUACAUACGCCAUCACUGGGAACAAGAUAUGACCAUGAUGCAGAAAAUUCUCGAGAAUCUAGUCAAGGGGAUGACAGUAAGUCGGACGACUCAUCUAGUGUGAAACGACAGAAUGAGGAUGAUGGAGAAUAUGUAGUUCACUGUAAAUUUUGUGGAUAUACAAGUGGCAAUACAAACUCCUGUGAACGGUGCUUUAGAAAAUUCCCAGUUAAUGUGAAAAAGGAACCAGUGAAGCGCCAAAAGAUAGAUGACAGUGAAUCAACGAAUGAACAAAUAUCAAAUGUUGUGACUAAAGAAUCGUUCUAUGGUCAAAAGAUUCAAGGACAAUCUCAGCCAUACAAAGGUUCUGUGUUCACUGUGCGAAGUACGACGCAAAGAGGCCGAAAGAUUAACUCACAAGGAAAGUCCUACAACAUGGUCCGCAUCACACCAAGCAAAAAAUGCAUAGAACCAGUUACUGUGAUUGUAUCAUCAGAUGAAGAGGACGAUACAGCUACACAAAUAGCAAAUCUAGAAAAUCUUUCUACAUCAGUUGUUCAGUCUUCAUCUAGAAAUGGCUCUUCUAGUGCUUUAUCCAAUAACGAGAGCAAAAACCAGCCAAAAACUGUUCCUGAAAAGAGUGAGGAAGAUGACGAACUGUCCAAACUUGUGUCAAUCAUUCCUUCUCACACUUCACCAACAUUUAAAAACAGUAGAAUUAGUAAGAUGGAAGACAAGGCAGGAAAUCCCAUUUCAAAAAAGAAUGAAAAUACUCGGUCUAAGACACCGUCACCAGAACCGACAGUUCAGGUGGACACGCCAAAGCCUCUGGCAAGUCCCCUCAAGUCAGUGUCGUCGGGAAGUCUUACACUCAAUGCCCGGAGUGUCAAAGUUGGUUCACUGAAGGGAACACCUAUAGAACCUAUCCUUAUUUCAGAUGAUGGUGUACAAAUCUUCAUGGAGUGUGAGGAAAACACUCAUAAAUUCAACAUCACCCCCUCAGAUAUGAAGCAGUGCUUAUUACACCUGAAGAAGUCUACACCUGUCAUAUUUAUCCAUACAACAGUAAACUUUGGGGUCAAACUGAGAGAACAACUGGACAUGACAAAUGAAACUCCUCCAGAAAACUCUCAGGAACCUUACUUCAAUCCUGUUGACAGAGACUUGAAAUACCAGUACAUAGUGCUACUUUUACAGUCUGUUUCCUUACAAGAACAGAAAAGCACAUUAAGAGUUCUAGAAAGUUAUCAACAAUCAACUGACAAAAAGGAUCGGAAUUUCAUUGAGAUGUUAAGUCAUACAGAAUCACAGCAACUUCUCCUAAAUACCUCAUUCCUGUGUAAGAGGAUACCAAACCCUGAUAUUGAUGCAGACCCAACCAAAAUGAACUCUGAACUACUCAAUGUUGAUAACACCAUGACGAAAUCAAAUAUGAGCUUUGGGACAGAGAGCAUGGAUAUGGACACCAGUCUUGACCCGAGGGAGCGGUCUCCUUCCCCUCCCCGUAUUAUGUUUUCUGGACCAAUUGAAAAAUUGAUAACAUACCCACCUCCACCUACACCGGGUGGAAUAGCAGUCACAAAUGAGGAUUUGUACUGUCUGAACGAAGGAGAGUUCCUCAAUGAUGUCAUAAUUGAUUUCUAUCUCAGAUUCCUGUUCCUGGAGGUACUGAGUGAAGACGUAAGAAAGAGGACCCAUAUAUUCAGUUCCUUUUUCUUUAAACGUUUAACACAGCGACAAGGCCGAGUGUUGGACUCUGCCCUCACCCCUGCAGAGAGAAGGCAUGCAGCAGUGAAGAAGUGGACAAAGCAUGUGGAUCUGUUUGAUAAAGAUUUUAUCAUUAUACCCAUCAAUGAACAUUCCCAUUGGUUCCUGGCUAUCAUCUGUUACCCAGGAUUAUUGAUGAAUGAAAACCUUUUAUAUGUACCGAAGCAUCGUUUGGAGAAAGUGUUUGGAGAACAGGCUAGUUCUCCAGUUCAGCAGGAGAUGGAAGGGGUGUCUGAAAGCAUGCCCACUCCUGGCUCUGACAACGCUGGCGAGGCUAUGGAGGAGGAUGGGGAGAAGAAGGAAGAGAAACCGAUGGAUACAGAGACAGCACCCACAACACCUGUGCCAAUACCUAUAAACACAUGUUCUUCCUCCUCACCUGCCACAACACCAUACAAACUUCAGUACAUCCCACCAGCAACCAACACAACAAAAGUGAUACCUAAGGAACUGCGUGGUCGGGUCAUACAGGAUUAUGAUGAGGUGGCAGAAAGCAAAAAAUGUUUUGUAGAAAAAGGCCAAAGAGUACCAUGUGUAUUGAUCUUUGAUUCACUGGCUGGCCCAAACAAAGCUAGAAUUGUCACAAUUCUGAAAGAGUACCUACAGGUGGAGUGGAACUUGAAAAAAGAAACUUCAUUUAACCUGAAGGAGCGGAUACGAGGUAGCACACCCCGAGUCCCCCAGCAAACUAACUACAGCGACUGUGGAAUAUAUGUGUUGCAAUAUGUACAGAGCUUCUUUGAGGACCCUUUGGUGGACUACUCAUUUCCAAUCAAGUGUUUACAAAACUGGUUCACUGAGGAGAGAAUGAAAAAGAAACGAGAAGAGAUUAAAAACUUAGUGUUAACAAUAAAAGAAAAAAAUGACACCGAGUUGCUUAAAAAGCUACAGCAUUUGCAACAACUGAAACAGCAACAGUUGCUGCAACAACAGACAGAAAACGACCAGGCACCUGAGGAAGGAAAAGAAAAAGAUAGUGAACAGUCCUGACAAAGGCUGUGAUGUUGUGUGUGAGAGUGGACAGACAUAAACAUUCAGGGAUCAUUACACUUCAUCAUCUACAAUCUGUUACCAAGACAACAGGUGUCGUACCAAUACAGCUGUUACUGAGGCACAAAAUGUCAUUACCACUUGUUACAGGUUCUGGUCAUCCAUGUGUCAGGAUGGUCUUAAACUGAUGAUAUGGUGAUAAAUUGGGUUUAAAGGGAAAAAACCAUUCCAUCCACAUCCACUAUUAUGUGUCGCAAUCAGAUUUAUGUGAUGUUAAACAUUUAAAUUUGAAUACUACCAGUGAGAGACUAUGCUUUCACUGUUGUGCUCUGUAUUGCAAUAAGAUUUUGUUUAAUGCCAAAAGUUUCUGAUUGAUUACUACGUAUAUACCAGCCUUACUGUAGUUCUUGUUUCAAUGUAUACCAAACACCUGAUCUUGUAAUAUCUUUAGUGCUGUGUGACCAAUUGUUUACUCCAAUACAAUUCACAUAUUUCUUUGUUGUUAAAAAAUCAUGAAAUUAAACAUGAUUUAUAAUAAGUGUUCUUAAGUUCUAAAUAGAAUGAAUUAUCCUGCUGAAGUCUCUUCAAUCAGUUUUCAACUAUCAACCAAACAUUUAGUCUUGUUUAUUUUAAUCUCUGCUGAUAAUAUUACUAUACAAUUUUAUUUGCAUUUUGCAUACAUAAGGUUGUAUUACCAUGGUAAUUAACACUACUGUUUAAUUAGUCCUCUGUGUCACUACUAAUAUAUCCAUCUGUUCACGUAAAUCAAAUUCCAGAAUUUAAGAUAUUCAUCUUAGAUUUAAUGAUACAGAAAUUACAUUUAUUUCAU